AGCAUUUCUGUUGCUGGGACAGAGAUGCUAAUUGAGAAUGUGCUUGGUUUGCAGCUUGUCUAGUGCCAUUAUCACCUUUGGAAGUGCAGGGAUCCCACAAACAGGAGCUGUGACCACGAUCCUGAUUCUGACAGCUGUGGGACUGCCUGCAGAGGAUGCUGCCAUUCUGGUUGGGGUGGAGUGGAUUCUAGACCAUUUCAUCACCGUGGUGAAUGUGCUGGUAAAUGUCUUUGGUGUUGUUAUCACCAACCAUAUGUGGCAUGACGACCUAAUAAGCCUGGACAAAAUACCAAGCGAUGAUAGGAUUCGUUCCAUCAAGGAGAUCGAGCUGGACUUAUCCUUUUUGGACUCUGAUGAAGAGUUCAUUCCCUCCGUUUCCUCCUCCGCCUCAGAAUCCAAUUCACCCCGAAGAUGGGAUCUUCUCAGCAUAGAAACACCAACAAGCUGAAACCUCUGGACAGGGAUGUCACCAUCCUGGGGUGUCGGAGCUGAUCUUUUCCUUGUUUGCCGAUAUUUAUUAUCGGUAGAAUGGGGCUAUAUCAUUUUAUUUAUCUGUAUUUAGUUUCUUAUUUAUUUUAGUUUUUGAAACUUUUAAAUUAUUGAUUUGUGUAAUAAUAUUUUAUUGAUGUGUAAGUUGUUAAUAUCUACAUAAUAAAAGUAUUGUUAUGUGAAUAUAA